AUGCCUUCAGCAACAGUUGGCAACAAUGCUUUUCAGUCCUCCAGCCCAGAGUUGGGUUCUGGGACCCAGUCUGAGGCCAUGAAGCAGGUCCUGCAGGUGAUCGACAAGAAGGUCCGCAACAUGGAAAAGAAAAAGGUAACAAUGUUUCCUUUUUUUCAUCCAAGCAUGCUUUCAGAGACCUCCCAAAAAGCAUAGAUUGUUUCAUGCUUAGUCAUUGCUUGAGAUCAACUGCAACUGAGGAACAAUUCUGGAUGUCUCUCUUGUCUGGGAAGAUUGUCUGCUUUAUGACCCUGCAUUGACUUUCUCAAAGUUGGUAAUUAAAAUUAAGGCUACAGACAAAUUUAGUUGGUGUAAUCAAUCAUUAACCUGUGACUUAUUUGGCGUUAGAGUCACAUCACUUAAUAGAUGGUAUAUACCCAGGUAAACCAAAGUUGGUAUAUUUCUGCUGAAAGAAUCUCAGCAGACCUUUUUGUAACCCUUAUUAAAUGUGCCAUAUUUUUAUAGGGCAAGCUGGAUGACUACCAGGCCAAGAAGAAUAAAGGAGAACUGUUGAACCAGGAUCAGCUGGUAUGUACAAGACACUGUGGUCUGGGUUGAUGUUAGCUCAGGGAACUUCAAUUGUGAACUUGAUUGAUUAACCUGUUGCAUAUGUACUAUAAUCUUUCAUUCUUGAGCUUUCCAUUGUUUCUAUACUUUGGUGUUUGUUGUUUUGAUCUGUGACACAGCUAGCAAAACAUAUUUAAUGUUCAUUCCCUCUCUUGUCUCGUCUCAUCUGUAGGAUGCCUUGACUAAGUUCCAGGAAGUGACCAACAACCUGGAUUUUGCUCGGGAGUUGCAGAAGAGCUUCCUGUCUUUGGGGCAAGAGGUGAGUUCAGUCUCAAGGUUUCAAAUCAAAUCCAAUUUUAUUGGUCACAUACACAUUUUUAGCAGAUGUUAUUGCGGGUGUAGCGAAAUGCUUGUGUUCCUAGCUCCAACAGUGCAGUAGUAUCUAACAAUACACAUCUAAAAGUAAAAGAAUGGAAUUAAGAAAUAUAUAAAUAUACAGUGAGGGAAAAAAGUAUUUGAUCCCCUGCUGAUUUUGUACGUUUGCCCACUGACAAAGAAAUGAUCAGUCUAUAAUUUUAAUGGUAGGUUUAUUUGAACAGUGAGAGAAUAACAACAACAAAAAAUCCAGAAAAACGCAUGUCAAAAAUGUAAUUAAUUGAUUUGCAUUUUAAUGAGGGAAAUAAGUAUUUGACCCCCUCUCAAUCAGAAAGAUUUCUGUCUCCCAGGUGUCUUUUAUACAGGUAACGAGCUGAGAUUAGAGCACACUCUUAAAGGGAGUGCUCCAAAUCUCAGUUUGUUACCUGUAUAAAAGACACCUGUCCACAGAAGCAAUCAAUCAAUCAGAUUCCAAACUCUCCACCAUGGCCAAGACCAAAGAGCUCUCCAAGGAUCUCAGGGACAAGAUUGUAGACCUACACAAGGCUGGAAUGGGCUACAAGACCAUCGCCAAGCAGCUUGGUGAGAAGGUGACAACAGUUGGUGCGAUUAUUCGCAAAUGGAAGAAACACAAAAGAACUGUCAAUCUCCCUCGCCCUGGGGCUCCAUGCAAGAUCUCACCUCGUGGAGUUACAAUGAUCAUGAGAACGGUGAGGAAUCAGCCCAGAACUACACGGGAGGAUCUUGUCAAUGAUCUCAAGGCAGCUGGGACCAUGGUCACCAAGAAAACAAUUGGUAACACACUAUGCCGUGAAGGACUAAAAUCCUGCAGCGCCCACAAGGUCCCCCUGCUCAAGAAAGCACAUACAGGGCCGUCUGAAGUUUGCCAAUGAACAUCUGAAAUGAUUCAGAGGAGAACUGGGUGAAAGUGUUGUGGUCAGAUGAGACCAAAAUCAAGCUCUUUGGCAUCAACUCUACGUGUUUGAAGGAGGAGGAAUGCUGCCUAUGACCCCAAGAACACCAUCCCCACCGUCAAACAUGGAGGUGGAAACAUUAUGCUUUGGUGGUGUUUUUCUGCUAAGGGGACAGGACAACUUCACCGCAUCAAAGGGACGAUGGACGGGCCAUGUACCGUCAAAUCUUGGGUGAGAACCUUCUUCCCUCAGCCAGGGCAUUGAAAAUGGGUCGUGGAUGGGUAUUCCAGUAUGACAAUGACCCAAAACACACGGCCAAGGCAACAAAGGAGUGGCUCAAGAAAAAGCACAUUAAGGUCCUGGAGUGGCCUAGCCAGUCUCCAGACCUUAAUCCCAUAGAAAAUCUGUGGAGGGAGCUGAAGGUUCGAGUUGCCAAACGUCAGCCUCAAAACCUUAAUGACUUGGAGAAGCUCUGCAAAGAGGAGUGGGACAAAAUCCCUCCUGAGAUGUGUGCAAACCUAGUGGCCAACUACAAGAAACGUCUGACCUCUGUGAUUGCCAACAAGGGUUUUGCCACCAAGUUGUUUUGCAGAGGGGUCAAAUACUUAUUUCCCUCAUUAAAAUGCAAAUCAAUUUAUAACAUUUUUGACGUGCGUUUUUCUGGAUUUUCUUGUUGUUAUUCUGUCUCUCACUGUUCAAAUAAACAUACCAUUAAAAUUAUAGACUGACCAUGUCUUUGUCAGUGGGCAAACGUACAAAAUCAGCAGGGGAUCAAAUACUUUUUUCCCUCACUGUACAGUUGAAGUCGGAAGUUUACAUACACCUUAGCCAAAUACAUUUAAACUCAGUUUUUCACAAUUCCUGACAUUUAAUCCUAGUAAUAAUUCCCAGUCUUAGGUCAUUUAGGAUCACCACUUUAUUUUAAGAAUGUGAAAUGUCAGAAUAAUAGUAGAGAGAAUGAUUUAUUUCAGCUUUCAGUUCUUUCAUCACAUUCCCAGUGGGUCAGAUGCUUACAUACACUCAAUUAGUAUUUGGUAGCAUUGCCUUUAAAUUGUUUAACUUGGGUCAAAAGUGUCGGGUAGCCUUCCACAAGCUUCCCGCAAUAAGUUGGGUCAAUUUUGGCCCAUUCCUCCUGACAGAGCUGGUGUAACUGAGUCAAGAUUGUAGGCCUCCUUGCUCGCACACGCUUUUUCAGUUCAGCCCACACAUUUUCUAUAGGCUUGAGGUCAGGGCUUUGUGAUGGCCACUCCAAUACCUUGACUUUGUUGUCCUUAAGCCAUUUUGCCACAACUUUGGAAGUAUGCUUGGGGUCAUUGUCCAUUUGGAAGACCCAUUUGCAACCAAGCUUUCACUUCCUGACUGAUGUCUUGAGAUGUUGCUUCAAUAUAUCCACAUCAUUUUCCUUCCUCAUAAUGCCAUCUAUUUUGUGAAGUGCACCAGUCCCUCCUGCAGCAAAGCACCCCCAUAGCAUGAUACUGCCACCCCUGUGCUUCACGGUUGGGAUGGUGUUCUUCGGCUUGCAAGCAACCCCCUUUUUCCUCCAAACAUAACGAUGGUCAUUAUGGCCAAACAGUUCUAUUUUUGUUUCAUCAGACCAGAGGACAUUUCUCCAAAAAGUACGAUCUUUGUUCCCAUGUGCAGUUGCAAACUGUAGUCUGGCUUUUUUAUGGCGGUUUUGGAGCAGUGGCUUCUUCCUUGCUGAGCGGCCUUUCAGGUUAUGUCGAUAUAGGACUCGUUUUACUGUGGAUAUAGAUACUUUUGUACUUGUUUCCUCCAGCAUCUUCACAAGGUCCUUUGCUGUUCUUCUGGGAUUGAUUUGCACUUUUCGCAUCAAAUUACGUUAAUCUCUAGGAGACGCAACGUGUCUCCUUCCUGAGCAGUAUGACGGCUGCGUGGUCACAUGGUGUUUAUACUUGCGUACUAUUGUUUGUACAGAUUAACGUGGUACCUGCAGGCGUUUGGAAAUUGCUCCCAAGGAUGAACCAGACUUGUGGAGGUCUACAAUUUUUUUUCUGAGGUCUUGACUGAUUUCUUUUGAUUUUCCCAUUGUGUCAAGCAAAGAGGCACUGAGUUUGAAGGUAGGCCUUGACCAACAUCCACAGGUACACUUCCAAUUGACUCAAAUGAUGUCAAUUAGCCUAUCAGAAGCUUCUAAAGCCAUGACAUCAUUUUCUGGAAUUUUCCAAGCUGUUUAAAGGAACAGUCAACUGAGUGUAUGUAAACUUCUGACCCACUGGAAUUGUAAUACAGUGAAUUAUAUGUGAAAUAAUCUGUCUGUAAACAAUUGUUGGAAACAUUACUUGUGUCAUGCACAAAGUAGAUGUCCUAACCGACUUGCCAAAACUAUAGUUUGUUAACAAGAAAUUUGUGGAGUGGUUGAAAAACAAGUUUUAAUGACUCCAACCUAUAAGUGUAUGUAAACUUCCGACUUCAACUGUAGGUGGUCAACAAUCCUUUUCAUUCUGGUUACUAUGACCACACUCACUGUAUUUAUUAGUUGCUGUUUCUCAGUCACUGUGGCCAUAGUGCAGCGACACAACUUCUUCCCUGUUUCCUUGCAGAUCCAAAAGGCAGUGAAGAAGUCUGCCCGGAGGGAGCAGCUGCAGCGGGAGGAGACGGAGCAGAGGCGGCUGAAGACUGUUCUAGAGCUGCAGUUCCUGCUGGACCGGCUGGGGGACGAGCAGACGAGGCAGGACCUGAAACAGCCCGCCGCAGGCUCCCCCCUGCUCACCGAUGCUGACCUCACCGCACUGGACAAUUUCUACAAGCUGGUGGGCCCUGAACGGGACCAUGACGUCAGGUACAAACCUUUUUUUGUUUCUUUUUAACUUUUGUGGUAAAUGACGAACGAGUGAGGUAAUAUAAUGGAAGGCAUGUUGUUAAUGUCCUUCCCUGUUCUCUAGGUUGACUGACCAGUAUGAGGAGGCCUCCCUACACCUAUGGGAACUGCUAGAGGGCAGAGACCAGGCUGUGGCAGGAACCACAUGUAUGUUUCUAACACUUUUGAAGUAGCUCUCAAUGUAUUUACUCUGUACAGUUUAAGUCGGAAGUUUACAUACACUUAGGUUGGAGUCAUUAAAACUAGUUUUUCAACCAAUCCACAAAUUUCUUGUUGACAUCAUUUGAGUCAAUUGGAGGUGUACCUGUGGAUGUAUUUCAAGGCCUACCUUGAAACUCAGUGCCUCUUUGCUUGACAUCAUGGGAAAAUCAAAAGAAAUCAGCCAAGACCUCAGAAAAAUAAUUGGUGACCUCCACAAGUCUGGUUCAUCCUUGGGAGCAAUUUCCAAAUGCCUGAAGGUACCACGUUCAUCUGUACAAACUAUAGCACGCAAGUAUAAACACCAUGGGACCACGCAGCUGUCAUACCGCUCAGGAAGGAGACGUGUUACGUCUCCUAGAGAUGAACGUACUUUGGUGCGAAAAGUGCAAAUCAAUCCCAGAACAACAGUAAAGGACCUUGUGAAGAUGCUGGAGGAAACAAGUACAAAAGUAUCUAUAUCCACAGUAAAACGAGUCCUAUAUCGACAUAACCUGAAAGGCCGCUCAGCAAGGAAGAAGCCACUGCUCCAAAACUGCCAUAAAAAAAGCCAGACUACGGUUUGCAACUGCGCAUUGGGGACAAAGAUCGUACUUUUUGGAGAAAUGUCCUCUGGUCUGAUGAAACAAAAAUAGAACUGUUUGGCCAUAAUGACCAUCGUUAUGUUUUGAGGAAAAAGGGGGUUGCUUGCAAGCCGAAGAACACCAUCCCAACCGUGAAGCACUGGGGUGGCAGUAUCAUGCUGUGGGGGUGCUUUGCUGCAGGAGGGUCUGGUGCACUUCACAAAAUAGAUGGCAUCAUGAGGAAGGAAAAUGAUGUGGAUAUAUUGAAGCAACAUCUUAAGACAUCAGUCAGGAAGUUAAAUCUUGCUCGCAAAUGGGUCUUCCAAAUGGACAAUGACCCCAAGCAUACUUCCAAAGUUGUAGCAAAAUGGCUUAAGGACAACAAAGUCAAGGUAUUGGAGUGGCCAUCACAAAGCCCUGACCUCAAUCCUAUAGAACAUUUGUGGGCAGAACUGAAAAAGCGUGUGCGAGCAAGGAGGCCUACAAUCUUGACUCAGUUACACCAGCUCUGUCAGGAGGAAUGGGCCAAAAUUCACCCAACUUAUUGUGGGAAGCUUGUGGAAGGCUACCCAAAACGUUUGACCCAAGUUAAACAAUUUAAAGGCAAUGCUACCAAAUACUAAUUGAGUGUAUGUACACUGGGAAUGUGAUGAAUGAAAUGAAAGCUGAAAUAAAUCAUUCUCUCUACUAUUAUUCUGACAUUUCACAUUCUUAAAAUAAAGUGGUGAUCCUAACUGACCUAAGACAGGUAAUUUUUACUAGGAUUAAAUGUCAGGAAUUGUGAAAAAAAUGAGUUUAAAUGUAUUUGGCUAAGGUGUAUGUAAACUUCCUACUUCAACUGUAGGCUUUGGCUUGUUUAAUUAGUUACCCACAUCCCCAUAUGUAUACGGAGUAUCUUGGGGCUUAUCUUAGAUUUGAGGGGGAAAAAUAGCUUGGAAGCAAGGUUAGCUGAGCUGGCUUAACUGGGAGCAGCGUUAUGACUAAAGCCCAUCCAUCACCCAGCCCCUUGGAGCACAAAGGGCAUGCUGGAUGUGCAGGCCAUGUUAGCAGAACAUGUAUAAGGGGAAGCUCUUUUCUGGGUGGUUGGGUGAACUGGGGUGAGGCCAGUGGGCUUUGAGGGGUAGUGCCAGCCCAGACACAGGACACCUGUCAUUCCACAAACACUGAGCAUCCACCUCCCAGGUUCCAGAGACAACUUUGCGGUGGAUCAUAUGGCAUUGUGGAUUAUGAAUACUUGAGGGUUAUUAAAGUGCUUCGAGCAGUGGAUCUUGGCCAGGCCUGGCACGGUGCUGUGGAAUGGGUCACAGCUGUGAUUAUACCAAACAUAGACCCGGCCUAUUGACUAACUCUUGAGUGCUUCGUAGCACAACCCAAACGUUUCUGUUAUGGAUUGGGACCACUAAACAGUGGUACAUUUUAUGCUUUAUCAAGACCUUUCUAAUACCUUCUGAAUAUGAUCUGCCACUUUCCUAUAGACAAGGCACUGAAGGAGACCCUGGACAAGGUGCUGCUUAGUGGCUAUUUUGACAGAGCACAAACGCAUCAGAAUGGAGUGUGUGAGGAGGAGGAGGUGGUGGAAGAAGAAGAGGAGGAGCAGUCUGUGGCGCAUGAGUCGUCUGGGAGUGGGGAGCAGCCUGCAGAACCAGGUAGCCACCAUCACCAUAAUCUCCCGUUGGCAGAAUCUGUGUGUAGACAAGAGAAUCUGCUAGGACUGAAUUGAAUGCGUGAGAUUCGAGCAGCAUUAGUUCUGUUUUUUAGGUUUUUGUCACUGGCUAUUUGGAAGUAUCAGUAUGAAAAAUGUAUGCACUCACUAACUGUAAGUCGCUCUGGAUAAGAGCGUCUGCUAAAUGACUAAAAUGUAUCAGGAUUGGGCGAAGGCGGUGCUUAAACUGCUUCGCCUUGAGCGCUUUGGCUGAGAGUUUCCUUUUGCGAGGGUGGAGACUUUGUUUUUGCCGUAACUCUCAAUUUCUAAUACGUAUGAAGACAGACUUUAAUCACGCAGCUGACCAAAUUACGUGAGGUUUUACUUCUGGGUUAACAGAUUACCAUCACCUGAGGGGAACUCAUGUUACGAUUGGUCUGAGUGUGUGGACCUGGGUGAGUGGAUAUUAAUCAGAGCGUAUUCUUUUUACAGAAGAAACAGUUACUGAAGAAUACACAGAGGCCGUUGAAUUAGAAGCCACGGAGGUGAGUUCAAUCUCUACCCUGACUCUUGACUGCUGUAAAGUUCAGAACUCUCUGGUUUACCUUGCCUAUUGGAAUCUAAUCAAGUGAUCUCAUGUUUAUUUGUGUAGUUUGUAAACAGACAGUUCAUUCCAGAAACCACAUACAGCAGGACUGGCAACGACCAAGUAGAGGAGUGGACGGCAGAGGCCCAGGUAUGUUGCAUGUCUACACCUCAUGUCAUUUGUCACAAAGUCUCACACAGAAUCCUUUAGGGUUCAUCAAGUAACUCCAUGGCCCAAUGAUGUCAUCAGCUGGGUUUAAAUCUGUCCCUGUGUCUUUAGGUGGUCAACGCCCUCCAGCACCAGCCUCCUCCCCAGAUGGCCCCCGAGCCCCACACUGUGAACCCAGUCUCCCACACGCCUGACCCCGUGGUCAGGAAGCAGGUCGUACAGGACCUCAUGGCCCAGAUGCAGGGAACCUAUAACUUCAUGCAGGUGAUGAUCCUUCCAACAGCCCCCUAUGGUCCUGAACUGGGUGCCUUAUUGGAUCCUGUUUGGUGACUUGUUCAUGCUGACCCAUGUGCUUCCUCCCACAGGACUCCAUGUUGGAAUUUGAUGGCCAUGCCCUGGACCCAGCCAUCGUGUUGGCCCAGCCCAUGAAGCCUGCACAGAGCGUGGACCUGCAGCAGAUGGGUCAGUGUUAGUACAUCACAUUCUGUUUUAACUCCCCUCAAACCAACACCACCACUCAGAGGCUGUAGUCCUCCUAGAGAUGUUCACAUAUACACUCAUAGACAGUUUAUUAGGUACACCCAUCUAGUACCGGGUCGUACCCCUCCUUUGCCUCUAGAAUAGUCUGAAUUAUUUGGGGCGUGGAUUCUACAUUGGUAUCAAGGGACCUAACGUGUGCCUGGAAAACAGUCCCCACACCAGGCUGGAUGGGUCCUUGGACUCAUGCUGCAUAUGCCAAAUCCUGACGCUGUCAUCAGCAUGAUGCAACAAGAAUCAGGAUUAGUCUGAACAGGCGAUGUAUUUCCACUCCUUAAUUGUCCAGUGUUGGUGAUCGCGUGCUCACUGGAGCCGCUUCUUCUUGUUUUUAGCUGACAGUGGAACCCGGUGUGGUCUUCUGCUGCAAUAGCCCAUCGGUGACAAGGAUCGACGAGUUGUUCAUUCCGAGAUGCCGUUCUGCACACCACUGUUAUACUGCGCUGUUAUUUGCCUGUUUGUUCUUGCCAUUUUCCUUCGACCUCUCAUCAACGAGCUGUUUUCACCCACAGGACUGCCGCUGACUAGGUGUAUUUUGUUUGUCGCACCAUUCUCAGUAACCCCUAGACACUGUUGUGUGUGAAAAGAUCUGGAGGGUGGCUGUUUCUGAGAUACUGGAUCCGACGCACCUGGCAUCGACGAUCAUACCACUCUGUCUCUUAGGUCACUCAUUUUGCCCAUUCUAAAGUUCAAUCGAACAGUAACUGAAUGCCUCGAUGCCUGUCUGCCUGCUUUAUAUAGCAAGCCACGGCCAAGUGACUCACUGUCUGUAGGAGAAAACCAUUUUCGUGAACGGGAUGGUGUACCUAAUAUACUGGCUGGUGAGUGUAGUACUGCUCAUAUACUCUUGAGGUUUGUCAGUGUUCAAUUUUAGUUGCUCUAAACUGUUUUACCGACAAACCAUUUUAUAUUUAUCUUGUGUGCAGUUCAUUCAGAAUCCAGACUUCCUCAACCAAGCUCAAUUCCUGAAUCUACACAAGUAAGUGGCAAUAAUGACACUUGAACAGAAUUCUGAUAGUAGUGGUCCCCAAGACUCAAUACAGGACUUAUUUAAAGGGCAAGGGUACCAUGUGAACCUUCCCUUAUUCUCCCCCUUCCCUCCCCAGGUCCCCAUGGUAUCCCCCACACCUGAUGCCUACUCCUCCACACCACCCCUCUACCAGCCCUCCCACACAGCAGAGCCCCAGCCACAGACAGACAGCACCGACCACAUCCAGGUAAACCCUCCCUCCCCAAGGUGCCCUCUAUUCCACCACCCUCUACCCCCCUGGCUGUGUGUGUGUGGGUGGUGGAGCUUCUCUGUGCUUGGCUGUUAUUGGGCAGUGUGAGAGAUGGUUAGCACUCAUCCUACCUGCUUUUCCUGAAGUGUCUGUGAAAACCAUUGAAGUAUGUGACGUCUCUGUCUCCCCACCACGCCCCGCCCCCUCCCUAAACCAGGCCUCGACGUCUCUGUCGUCUGAGCAGUCCCCCGCCCAGUCCUCCUUGCCCUCUGCCUUCCCGCCUGUCUCCACCCCCCACAGCGGCGGCAUCAAUGUCAACGCAGCACCAUUCCAGUCCAUGCAAGCGGUAGGCUUUGUUAAUGGAGGACUUAUAACUGACAACGCGUCACUUGAACAAAACCGGCAUAUAACCCACUUAACUCGAAUCACUUAUUACACAACUAUGGUAGCACAAGUCUUACGACAGGGAGAAUAGAAGUAGUACACACUAUCACACAACAGUAAUACCAGAUUUAUUUGCAAGGAUAAUAAAAAAACUGAUUGGGACAUCAAAACUGAAUUAAUAAGUAUAAUUCCAGUGUUUGGCCUACAUUUCUCAAAACCAAGCUUCACUCCUAUUUCCUCCCCCCACCCCCACACACUCCACUCUGUCAGAGCAGAAUAGAAUGCUCCUCUUGUCUACCCCCAUGUCUACAUAAGGCUUUAUAAUCAACUUUAAGCUGAUUAACUUUAUUUUGCGAACCUUGAACAGUAUGUACGGCAUGCUCAAUAAUCAGACUAAAGUCUGAGUUACUGAUGAUUUGCUGUUGUCUGCGAGUCCUGCACGGGCAUCUGCCACCUCUAAAUGAAAGCUUUUCUCUGGUUGUAUUGUGUCCUUCAGGUGUUCAACCUCAACGCCCCCGUGCCCCCCACUAACGAAGCAGACAGUCUGAAGCAGAACCAAUUCCCCAGCAGCUACGGCCAGGGCUUCAGCAGCCAGGCGGAGCACUCCGUGGAGCACUCCGUGGAGCAGCCUGACAUCCAGCAGGACACGCUACAGUCUGGUGAGAGAGGGACUGGGGUGGCUGUUGGGCCUGAGGGUGUGACUUAGACAAGCAGAGUCUGAGGAGCAGUAGACCUUGGGUCUAAGGGCAUGAUCAGCAGAAAGAUCAAAUGUUAAUGACUCUUAUAAUGUUGUAGGAGGCUUCCACACCCAAGACCAAGUGAUAUCGUCGGCAGCGGGCCACCAGGUGCAGUCGUCCCAGGGGCCAGGCUUUGGGCGGCAAGGCCAGUCCUUCUAUAACAGCAGGGGGGCCGUGCCUCGCGGAGGCCCCAGGAACCCCCGGGGCAUGAUCAAUGGAUACCGAGGAUCCUCUAACGGUUUCAGAGGUAUGAGAUCCAGAUGAUUUAUUGUAAGGGACCUACUUUGACACAUGAGUGAUUUAUUACGGCGUUAACCGUUUUUAAAUGGUUGUCUUCCUCAGGAGGAUAUGAUGGCUAUCGCCCUCCCUUCUCGAACACUCCAAACAAUGGUUAUGGGCAACAGGCCCAGUUCAGCACGGCUCCCCGGGACUACUCCAACAGCACCUAUCAGCGGGUAAGGGAGGACACAGCCAACCACUAGGUCCUAGUGACUAGAAGACACUUGACCCUUGCAUUAAGGUUGCGUUAGUCCAAAUAAAAGGGAUUCUGUGAGUUGUUGUCCCAGAUGCUGUCAUGAAGAUGGUGUAUAAGAGUCUUUCUGAAUGACCUGUUGUUUCUACAGGAGGGAUAUCAGCCAGGCUACAAGCGGGGAGCAGCCCAGGGACCUCGGGGUUGCUCUCGAGGUAAUGCUCAAGCCAUGCGAUCCUAAAGCGCUUAAAGGAUUGUCAACUUACUGCCACAUUGAACAUUCAGAUAUUAUGAAUGUGUUUGCCCCAGCUCACUUUUAUAAAUCUUUUUUGUUUUGUUUCUCAUCUAUUUUUGUUUUUCCUGGCCUCCUUUUCAGAGUAAGCCUGCUUUGGUAUGUCUAAGAUACUUUUGUUUUAACACAUGUAAAGCUGAAAUCCACAGCAUUUAGAUUUAUCAGCAAGUCUGUGUUCGAAACAACAAAUAGAUAUUCCUGUAAACUUGAAAGAUUUCAUUAAUUUAUUUUUUGUACAAAAUAAAUGCAAAAAAAAAACCCUGCAACUGUCAGUCCAAUCCAUGAGAAUCUUUUAUAUUUUCUGUCACUGCCCAGCCCUGUCAACCACUUUUCCCUGUGCUUUUGGUUUUCAUAACAUUACUUGUUUUUUUCUUCUCCCACCAUCUCCUCUUUGUAAGCCGAUGUUACUCCUUGGGAGACUGUUUCAAUAAAGAUGUGUUGUAUAACCUGCUGUCUGCUGCUAGUUUCUUUUCGUUGGUCCCUGAACCCUGCUGCUCUGUGGGGCUACUGCAGCAUUAUCUGCCUGUGCUGACAUUAUCUCUUGGGGUUAAGAGUGGGCUGGAAGAUUUUAGUUAUGCUUUGCUGAAAGGACUUCUCUCUGCUUCUGUCUCCCUCACCUGCUGUGCCCUGCCUUCCAGUGAUGGGUGGAAGUAGUCUGUAUUUUGUCGUGGGAGCAUACAUAUUAUAUUGGUGGCUGUUAACAUGCUUGGAAACAUUCAUGAAACGUAAAUGUCACUGAGUUUCAAAGUAAACCUGUGGUGUUAUUUGUAAAUCGUAGGGCUCCAUCUGGCAAAAUGCAUACUAUUCUGCAUGACCUUGAUAAAAGCUUUCAAAGCUGUUUUUAGAUUUGCAGUGAAUAUUGCCACUGUGUGUAUAUAACUGAAUUGACAUGAAGGCAACUAUUACCUUUCCCUUGUUUUCAGGAUUCCAUUUUGUAAUGUGUAUUAGCUUGCUCGUAACAGUCAAUGUCCAUUUUGUCUCCCUAUUAGAGUUGAGAGAUCUCUUCCUUGGCAGGUGCACACUAGCAAUUUCAAAGAAUGUGGAUGAGCGUUUUUGAUUACUCCAUGCCCAGACCUAACCCAGAAUAAGGGUGACGGGCUGGCCUCAGCUGACUAUGAUUAUUUUCUAUCUGCUUAGCGGUUGCAGGCCGGGGGGGACUGUUUAAGCCCAGCCGAGGGAUGGUGACCCAAAUGGCUGCACAUCAAGCCAACUAG